AUGGAGAGGCGAGGUAAUAGCCUGGCGCAGUCGUUUUCAGAGCUACGGGCCCUGGCAGGCGCUGUCCAGCGCAUUUCAGACAAGCCAAUCCUGGGGCUAACUCCUAAGACCCUGAGUCGCGCGGAGACGCCAGGCCUGACGCCCAUCACCGCCAGAGGGCGCUCCAGCGGGACCCCGACCUCCUCCUGGCUCCCUCCCCACCCUGUCCCCAUUCCAGGGACCCCAGAGAAGUCACAUUCUUGCACUGCCUUCUUGCCCCAUCCCCGCCCACGGUUUCUUCUUAAGUGUCCUCUCCUAGGAAGCCGCCACCCCAUCCCCAGGGGGGCUUUGACUCCAGGGAGAUUUGCAGCCUCUGACCCACUGUGCCUGCACACGCACACACACACACACACACUCACACACACACACACACACACACACCCGGUGUGGCUUGUGUGCACACCGUUCACAUGCGCUCCUGGGGCCAAUGGCUGCACAGGCGCACGGACACACGCACAGCCCUCACUCCUGCCUCUCUCUGCUCCAGAGUCGCACUGGUGCUAUGCGGUUCAAGCCAAGGACUCCAAAAACUGCGUGGCGCCGGACCAGUGGGGUGGGCAAUGCCAGAAGGACCGCCAGUCCCCCAUCAACAUCGCCACCGCCAAGGCACGGGUGGACGAAAACCUGGGACCCUUCUCCUUCUCCGGCUACGACAAGAAGCAGAAGUGGACUCUGCAAAACAAUGGGCACUCAGUGAUGGCGUCGCUGGGGAACGGGGUCACAAUCGCUGGAGGAGGCCUGGCCUCCUCGUACCAGGCCAAGCAGCUGCACCUGCACUGGUCCAGGGUGCUGGAUGCAGGCUCGGAGCACAGCCUGGACGGGGAUCGCUUUGCCAUGGAGAUGCACAUAGUCCACGAGAGAGAGAAGAAGAACGAGGCCCAGGACCCCAAAGACGAGAUUGCAGUGUUGGCCUUCCUGGUGGAGGCUGGAUCCAAGAAUGAGGGCUUCCAGCCGCUGGUGGAGGCCUUGUCUGCUAUUCCCAAACCCAUGAUGAGCACCACAGUGACGAAGAGCAUCAGCCUGUUUGACCUGCUCCCUAAGCAGGAGAACCUGAGGCAUUACUACCGCUACCUGGGCUCGCUCACCACGCCGGGCUGCGACGAGAAGGUUGUCUGGACUGUGUUUGCGGAGCCCAUUCAACUCCACGUGGACCAGAUCCUUGCAUUCUCUGAGAAGCUGUACUAUGACACUGAGCAGACACAGAAGAUGACGGACAACGUCAGGCCCCUGCAGCCCCGGGGGCAGCGCCCGGUGUUCAGGUCCCAGGCCCCCGGCCGACUGCUGCCCUUGCCGUUGCCCACUCUGCUGGCCCCCACACUCACCUGCCUGGUGGCUGGCUUCCUCCGAUGAUGGCUCACCUCGGGACACUUGACCUCUGACCUCUGCCCUCAGAGGGCUGGGGCCUCCCUUCCUCUGCUUCCCAGGUUGGACUUGGAUGAUGAUUGAAAAAAAUACAGAUAUAUUUUUAGAGAAACCUUUCUCAGGUCUGUUUUGAGCUCCCACAACUACCCCUGCCCCGUUCCCCUCAACCUACCCCUGUUCCCUGGGUAGGGACCUUAGGGCCCGGAGAUGCCUUUGGAGCAGGGACCACGUGGGUGUGAACUCCCUGUCUACACCCCACGUGGAGAGAUGCGAAGGCACCCGGGAGCUCCAGCACAGUGAAAGCACAGAGGCCAUGCAGAGCCCACGGAGACCCCAGCCAGUGCUCUCUCCUCUGUGCUAGCGCCUUCUCUGUGCUGGGCGCGGUGGGCGACAAGAGUUCAUUUAUUUUCAGAAAUACUCUUGAGUGUCUAUGUUCUGGACACUGGGGAUGUGGCAGGGAAUGAGACAGAUGAAAACGUCUGCCCUCUUGGAGUUCCCAUCAAUAAAACAGACAUGUUG